AUGUCUGGCCGCAAAGACUUCCUGUCGCAGGCCGCGCCAGAGAACUAUGUCGCUGGUCUGGGACGUGGUGCGACAGGCUUCACCACUCGAUCCGAUCUUGGUCCCGCACGUGAAGGCCCUAGCGAAGAACAGAUCAAGGAGGCACUUGCCAAACGCGCCGCGCAACUCGGCACCGCCGCCCCUACUGCAUAUGGGGUGAAGGGUAAAAAGGACGACGAGGAAGACGAGGACCGUUACCAGGAUGCCGAGAACGAGGAAGGUCUUUUCGCCAGCGGCAACUACGAUCGUGAGGACGACGAGGCAGAUCGCAUUUACCAAGAUGUCGAUGAUCGCAUGCAGAAGCGUCGCAAAAUUUCAAGGGAAGACCGCGAACGCAAAGAACGCGAAGACUACGAAGCGAAGAAUCCGAAAAUCUCCCAACAGUUUGCCGAUCUCAAACGCGCCCUUGGAACUGUCAGCGAUGAGGAGUGGGCUGAGAUACCAGAGGUGGGCGAUCUGACGGGAAAGAAUAGGAGGAGCAAGCAGAACUUGAGACAGAGAUUCUAUGCUGUGCCGGAUAGUGUGCUUGCGGGGGCGCGAGACGCUGGACAGUUGGGCGCAGAGAUUCAAGACGAUGGAAUGGCAACGGAGGCUGAUGGAGCGGCGGCCGGAUCGAGUGAACAGGCGGACGGGACAAUGACCAAUUUCGCGGACAUCGGUGCUGCGCGUGACAAAGUGCUCAAAGCUCGUUUGGACAAGGCGGCAGGUGCAGAGACCUCGCUGGCAUCCGGCACGAGUACCAACAUCGAUCCCAAAGGAUAUAUGACUGCCUUGACGAAUUCCGAGCUCAAGGCGGGUGAAAUCCCAGUGGGAGACAUCAGGCGUGCUCGAGUCCUUCUGGAGUCCGUUAUCAAGACGAACCCCAAGCAUGGACCAGGUUGGAUCGCUGCGGCACGUUUGGAGGAGUAUGCAGGCAAGAUCGUGGCUGCGAGGAACGUAAUCCGGCGAGGCUGUGAGAUGUGCCCGAAAAGCGAGGCAGUGUGGCUGGAGAGCAUUCGUCUGAACGACAACGCCAACGCAAAGAUCAUUGCUGCUAAAGCCAUCGAGAACAAUGAUAGAUCUGUGCAGCUUUGGCUCGAAGCUUCAAAUCUGGAACAGCUCCCAGCUGCUAAGAAGCGAGUCCUUCGAAAAGCACUGGAUCAUAUUCCACAAUCGGUCGCCAUCUGGAAACAGGCAGUGAAUUUGGAAGAGGAUCCAGCUGAUGCCAAACUGCUCCUUGCUAAAGCCACAGAGAUCAUCCCACUUUCCGUGGAGCUAUGGCUUGCACUCGCUCGUCUCGAGACGCCAGAACAGGCACAAGUCGUGCUCAACAAAGCACGCAAGGCUGUACCGGCCAGCUAUGAAAUCUGGAUCGCGGCUGCGCGUUUACAAGAGCAGACUGGACAGCAUGCCAUGGUGUUAAAAGUCAUGGAGCGCGCGAUCAAGAGUCUGCAGAAGGAGUCCGCUAUGCUUAAGCGUGAGCAGUGGAUCGAGCAAGCGGAGAUUUGCGAAGAGGAAGGCGCUCCUCUUACGUGUCAAGCAAUCAUCAUGAAUACCAUUGGCUGGUCACUCGAUCCAGACGAUGAUCGCAAGCAAAUCUGGCUCGAUGAUGCCAAAUCGUCAACGAAUAGGGGCCGUUACGAGACUGCUAGAGCCAUUUACAACAUCACGCGGAAGGAAUUUUACAACAAAAAGAGCGUUUGGCUCGCUGCUGCCGACCUGGAGCGAUCACAUGGUACCAAAGAACAGCUGUGGGCUCUACUGGAAGAAGCAGUCAAGUCAAUACCGAACUCUUCCGAAUUGUGGAUGCAGCUCGCCCGAGAAAAAUGGGUUGCUGGCGAUGUCGAAGGAGCUCGUCAUACACUGGGAGAGGCAUUCUCCAAGAAUCCUGAGGAUGAGGACAUCUAUCUGGCUGCUGUCAAGCUCGAGGCUGACAAUGGUCAAGAAGAUCGCGCUCGAUUACUUCUCACACAGGCGCGACAAGAAGCUCGCACGGAUCGUGUCUUCGUCCGCAGUGUUGCGUUUGAGCGUCAAACAGGAAACAACGAUCGUGCUUUGGAGCUUGUCAUCGAAGGGCUUGAUGCGUUCCCGAAGAACGACAAGUUGUGGAUGAUGAAGGGCCAAAUCUACGAGGCGAAGAACAAUCUGCCGCAAGCACGAGAGGCAUAUCGCAACGGCACUGAUCGAUGUCCAAAGUCAGUGCCGCUAUGGCUUCUCUGGUCACGACUGGAAGAGAAGAUGGGCGUCACAGUCAAAGCCCGUUCAGUCCUCGAUCGUGCACGGAAGUUCGUGCCCGCCAAUCCUCAACUCUGGACUGAGUCGAUCCGCCUCGAAAUUCGAGCAGCAAAGAAAGCGAAUACUGCCAAUGCCACGACGAGUAACCCUGCCGCAAGCCAAAAGAUGGCUCAGGCUUUGCAAGAAUGCCCCAAAUCUGGCCUGGUAUGGGCAGAACGCAUCUGGAACCUGGAAGCUCGCACGCAACGCAAACCUCGCAUCCUCGAGGCCAUCCAAAAGGUGGAGAACGAUCCUAUCUUGUUCGUCACAGCGGCUCGCAUCUUCUGGUCUGAGCGCAAGCUGGACAAAGCGGAUACGUGGUUUCAGAAGGCUGUGACGUUAGACCCCGAUUACGGUGACAGUUGGGCGUGGUGGUAUAAAUUUCUGCUGCAGCAUGGAACGGAGGAGAAGGUCAGACAGAUUGUGGCAAGUUGUGUGGACAAUGAGCCUAAGCACGGGGAGAAAUGGGCUGCUGUGAGGAAGAAGCCGGAGAAUGCGAGAUUAGGGAUUGAAGAGAUUCUCAAGUUGGUGGCGAGAGAAGUCGAGUGAGAAGUCUGCCUCAGGAAGUGUCCUCGAGCACCUAGAAGCGACUUGGAAGCGCAUACCAGCCAAUUCGAACAGUUUGACCUGCAUACUGACUCACCAGCCUUUCCAAACUGACCAGCGAUGUCGUUGCGCGAGAUACAUAUAUGGUGAAGGCAUCGUCGAUCAACAUUCAUACAUCAAUAUAUACCAGCCGAGGCAGCAUAGCCACGUGCACGGCUUAAUCCGACAAAAAGCAUCUAUAUCCAAACAUUGACCUAAGACAUACAUCCGCAACAGAAGAACACAUAGCACAGUAACAGGAUCCUCCACGGAAGCCAACGUACAAUUCGAAACAUGAUUGGGCCAAACACAAUGGCACGUUUCGAAGUUCCAGAGCCUGAAUCGAUGCAGCACGGCACAGUGAUCUAGAACAGUAGCUUCUACUUGGCAAGAAGUCUAUGCAAGCUGCGCAAGAUUCCAUGGCUGACGCCUCAACUUGGCAGAUGAGGUCAAAAAGAAAGCGGCGCCCGGCAUGUUGUUUCGUCCUAUUUGAGUGGUGCUGCUGUCGUAAUAUAGUCUCAUCUUUUCGGCACGAAGUGUCAAAAUGCAGAUCAAGACACUGUUAGCCUUCGGCUUCUUCUCCAGCCUUGCUGCUGCACAAGGACCUACAUAGUAUGCGCGCUCCCGUCAAUCCGAUGGGAGGUCGUAUUAUGAUUUAACAACCAUCAAUAGCACCCUCCAACUCUUCGACGAAAGGCGAUGCGGAGAAUAUGUCUACCAACUCGGCGUACCCGCUUCCAACCGACAGUGC